AUGUGCCCGUACGUCCGUCGGUCCACUAUCUCCCUCUUCUCUGUGUCCUCUGCCGCCUCCCUUCGCGUCGUGUACAUGCAUGGCCUAGUUCGCACCGCGUCCCGCACCACUUUUGAGGCGUCCUCCGUAUCGUUGUUUCCGAGGUAUGCUGUCGCUACUGCGUCGGCGUAUGCGUUGCAGGCUAUUCCCACGUAUGCGAGUAUCGCGUACAUCUCCGCGUCUAUCGGCUCCCACGAGCGGCUCUCGCGUCGCUACGCGCCGCCGAAGGCUGUCUAUGAGGGCACACCCGAGGAGGCGCGGAUCUCAACCUGCGUGCGGCGGUGACCAGGUCACAGGCUCAUACUGCCUGGUCUCCAGCACCUAUGAUCACCGCGCCAGGCCGCAGUCGACGACUUUUGCGAUGUGGGCGACUCUGGCCGUCCUGCAUAUGACCGACCAUGACCCAGGAGGAGUCUACACGAGACAUGUCGUACCUGGCAGGCGCUCUCGCGGCAGCACUAUCGCGUGCGGCCGAGUGCGAGCUUCCGUGCCCGGUGCCAGACGCACUCGGCGCCAGACGUCCUCGGGAGCUCGCAGUUUUGCCACGGCAGUUGCGAUCCGGGCGAUCAGAGAGCGCCGGCAGCUCAGGGGAUCUUGUCUGCUCACCUGAGGUCGGGAGGGUAGCAGCGGCGAGGCCAUGCGCCAGCGUGAGCCAUCCGUAUUAACGGUUGUUACAGAUUAGUCAGAUU